CGAGCGCACACGCGCAGUGUUCCUUCAGAGCAAGCGGCCCCGGAGCGUCUCCUCGGACUCAUCGGGAAGCCGUGGCCGUUUGGGGACUGGGACAGGGGCUGCCAGGCAGGAGCCAGCAUGGAUCCCAAUUCCCGUGGAGCCCUGGACAGGCAGCAGCUACGCCUUCGAGAUCGACAGAAGUUCUUUGAGGAAGUUUUCCAGCAAGACUCGGAAUUCUUCUUCCCUCUAUCUCAUCUUCACCUUGAGUCCCGGAGACCUCCCAUAGGCAGCAUCUCUUCUAUGGAAGUGAAUGUGGACACACUGGAGCAGGCCGAAUUGAUUGACUUUGGGGACCCUGAUGCUUCAGAUGUGUUCUUGCCCUGUGAGGAGCUCCCACCUACUCCACAGCCACCCACCAUCUCUGGUGUAGGUGACCACCCAGAGGACCUGAACCUGCAGAGGCCCCCAUCAGACAGGACCAUGUCAAGGACCUCCUCUUCCUCUUCUUCCACUGAACUUAAUAGCCCAGACCUGAUUGGAGAUGGUGUGGACACGCCUUUGGCACAGUCUGAUGAGGAAGAUGGUGGUGCAGAGCCUGCAGCCUGCAGCUAGCAGUGGGUGCUUCCCUUUGGACUGAACCAUAUGGGGCUUGGUCACCGCCUAAUUUGGAACCCCAGCCUUUGCUAGGAGCCUUUGGGGAAAAGGCCAGACCUUUCCUGAGCAGUUGGUACCAGAGGGAGAAAACUAUGCAGCCUUCCAGAAAUUAACUCUCUCCUGCUUUUCUGCUAAUGCUUGCCGGCCUCCACUGCACAAAUCUACUCAUGACCUACAUAGGCAACGAUUGAAUUAGGGGGAUGUGGGGAGAGGUGGAAGGUAAGAUAGGACACUGUCCACACCACAUUUCAGAAGGGCCAGAGAAAUCAUCCCACUCUCUUUUUAGUGGACUUGACCAAGAGGACUUGUGGAUGUAAAUAUGCCACUGCACUUCCUUCCUUCUCUCAGUGAAAUGCUAUACAAACCAUCCUCCUUUCCUCUCCUUCUUAAAAUGAUAGAUCUGCUAUCCUGCUUUCUCAUUUCUCCCACUGUUAUGCUUCAUUAAUCUUUUCACCUUAUUUCACAUAUUGAAAAGCCAUCCCAAACAGUCCCACUUGCCUUUUUGUCUCUUUUUAAGCACAGCCAUUGGGGUCCAGGAUGGUCAUUUCCUAGUCUUAUUUCCAGGCCUUUCCUUACCCUGAAGAGACUGACCCUCUCCAGCUCAGUGUGAGGCCUCACGGCUGCCACAUUGCCAACACCAGCUCACUGUCUAUGGGGGGAUGAUGUGUUUGGGCAAAAUGUAGCAGCCUCUCCUGGCUCCAGGAAGGUUGGGACCCAGAUCCUCUAUCCCCAACCAGCAAACCUUGGUGCUGAGACUAUCUCCUGUGCAGCCAAAGGGGCAGUGGCUGACCCUCCUGGGGCAGGGUCUGCAGUUUUGUUUCUCUUGGCCCUGAAUCUCCCUACAGGAGGGACAAAGCCUCAGGGGGCACUUUAGCAGUCUCUCUUCUCAAACCUGACCACUCAUUGCUUCAUCACCAAUCUCAGAGCAGGGCCAGCACCUGUGGUCUGACUAGGACCAUCUAGUUUUAGGUUUUAUAACUAAAAGGGACCUUAGGUCAUCUAGUCCAAUUCCUUCAUUUUACAGAUGGAGAAAUUGAAGCCCAGAGCCAUUAAAGUGACAUGUCCAAGGCUAUUCAGGUAGGAAGUAGUCCCAGGCAGGUAGUAGUGACCCCUGCACUCAGUGCCACACUGCUUCUGCUCCACAGUUCAGCUUUGAUGCCUCCCCCGCCACCCUUUUCCAUGGGGUUCCCAUUGUGGAUGGCUGGAGACCAGCAUGUCUGGGCUGCUGCAACAGCAGACUGUGGGUUAAUAAAUCUUUUGAUUCCAGCA